CAUUCAUUUCAUACAAUAACAAUUUAGUGCGUCUUGAUCGUCGAGGGGAAGCGCACGUCGCUUUUAUAUAUGAUUCGACAACAACAAAAGAUCGCGCUUAAAUAAAUCGUAAUAAUAAUCGACCCAAAACUUUUACUGAUAUACCUAUACAAUAACAAUUAAAGUGUGUUAUUUUCAACAUAAUGUGAUCAUUUAAUAUGUAUUUGAAGUGAAUCCGUAUAUUGAACUCAAAGAACUUCACUUUUACCGACGUUCGUUAUUACAGUAUCCCGGAGUGAAUAAGGAUUUUUGUAACGUGAGUUGGUGAGUGAGUGAGAUUGGCAUUUAGGUAGAUUGCCUAACAUUUAAUUUGGAUUCAAAAUAGUUUCAGGCCAUGUUGUGGUGUUGGUGCGUGCUGGUAUGCGUAAGCGCAGCGUCAGCAUUGCGUGUCGGCGUGGGCAUCGCAGACGUCACCGGCCCACCGGCAGAGAUCGGAUUUAUGGGCUACGCGAAUUUCGAACAAACCGGUCACGGCAUCCAUUUGAGACAGUUCUCCCGCGCUUUCGUUCUAGAAGAUGGUAGAAACAGCAGCCAGAGGAUCGUGUUUGUGUCAGUCGAUGCCGCUAUGAUGGGCCAGGGGGUGAGGAGAGAGGUCAUCAAGAGACUGAAGAAGCGUUACGGAGACAUGUACACUGAGAACAACGUGAUCAUCAGCGGCACUCACACCCACUCCACGCCCGGGGGGUUCCUGAUGGAUUUCCUAUUCGAUCUGCCUAUCCUGGGUUUCGUCAAGGAGACAUAUGUGGCCUACAUUAUUGGCAUUUACAAGAGCAUAGUGAUGGCGCAUACGAAGCUUACACCAGCUCGUAUGGAGUAUGGCGAGGCUGAAUUGCUGGGUGCCAACAUCAACAGGUCUCCCACUUCAUAUCUCAGGAACCCACCGGAGGAACGAGCCAAAUACCAAUACGACGUGGACAAAACCUUAGCCCAAGUCCGUUUCCUCACGGCUUCCGACGACGUCCUGGGCGUGAUCAACUGGUUCGCAGUGCACCCCACCAGCAUGAACAACACCAACAGACUCAUCUCCUCAGAUAACGUGGGCUACGCCUCAAUUCUGAUGGAGAAGGCGUUGAACGGGAAUAACACUCAUCCUGGGAAGGGUAGCGUCGUCUGCGCAUUCGCUUCAACAAAUCUUGGCGAUGUCUCACCCAACAUCAAGGGCCCACGAUGCGAAUUCUCUGGGAAGGUCUGUGACCAGGAGAGCUUAUUAUGCGAGCUGCCAAAAGAACGGUGUUUCGCGUCGGGCCCGGGACGCGACAUGUUCCAAAGUACUAAGAUAAUUGCCACCAAACUGUUUGAAACUGCUAUGACUGUUCUGAAACAACCCGGAGAAGAUCUGACAGGGCCUUUGGGGGUUGUACAUCAGUUCGUUGAUAUGCCUUUGGAAGAAGUCCACCCGUACGAUCCAGUCACUGAAACUUUUAAUGCAAGCAGAAAUGUGUCAGGUUGCUUUCCCGCCAUGGGUUAUAGUUUCGCGGCGGGCACAACAGAUGGCCCUGGUGCUUUCGACUUCAAACAGGGCACCACAAGUGGGAAUCCUCUCUGGGACGCUGUCAGGGACUUCAUAGCGGAACCUACUAAGGAAGACGUUGAGUGCCACGCUCCUAAGCCGAUAUUGUUCGCUACUGGACGAAUAAAAUUCCCAUACAGCUGGCAACCCCGCAUAGUCUCAUGCGCAGUCGCGCGUAUAGGAGGGUUCUUCCUCGCAGCGGUGCCAGGGGAAUUCACCACCAUGUCCGGGAGGCGAUUGAGGAACGUCGUGAGGAAGACUGCUGGUGCGAAGAAGGUGGUGCUGGCUGGAUUGUCCAACAUUUACUCAGAUUAUAUAGCCACGCCUGAGGAAUAUCAGGCGCAACGUUACGAAGCGGCAUCAACAAUAUAUGGUCCUCACACGCUCGACAUUUAUCUCAACAAAUAUGUUGAACUUACCGAAGCUUUACUUAAUGACGCGGGGCUGGCCCCGGGGCCGGAGCCCGGCGACUGGAGCGGGCAGCUGGUGACGCUGGUGCCGCCCGUGCUGUGGGACGCCGCGCCCUGGCGCCGCGACUUCGGCGACUGCGUGCGCCAGCCCGAGCCGCACCACGCGCCCGGGGACACAGUCACCGCCACUUUCGUAGCCGGUCAUCCCCGCAACAACAUCCGUCACGGGCGGAGUUACGCCAACGUGGAGAAGUUGGAGUCUGAAGAAGAUGACGCAUGGGUUUCUGUGUUAACUGACGCUGAUUGGGAGACCAAAUUCAUCUGGCAGCGCAACUCCAAAAUCUUGGGCACAAGUUACGCGACAAUCGAGUGGGAGAUACCCCCAGGAACACCCCCCGGGAAAUACAGAAUCCACCAUUACGGUAGUUAUAAAUACAUUCUAGGCGGUAUUUAUCCUUACCACGGCUUCUCUGAUACUUUUGAAGUGACUUAAUCUAUGUGGAAUCAUGACUUAGUGAGACUUUGAAAAAUUUAUUUAGUUGUCGUCACUCUGCGGUGGUAAUUUGAAGUGUUUUUUUUUUAAUUGAGGCAAAUAUAGUCGAUGACGUUUCUUGCUUUCGAUUACGCAUGUAGUAAUCGAUUUUUUUUAAACGUUACUCGAGUUAGGUUCGAUUCAACGUUGUUAUGUUUUUUUCAAUAAGUUAUGUUUAUUAAUAAUAAAUUGUACGUCAGACUCACGGAAUGACGGAAGGCCUUGUAGUGCUGUGUUAGUUACCUAGAAAUUGUUAUAAUUAUUAUUCCUAUUUCUAAGGUUGUGUAUAUUUACGCUUAGAAAUCUUAGAAACAAAACUUUUGUCAUAAAUCUAUACUAAUAUAAUAAAGCUGAUGAGUUUGUUUGUUUGUUUGAACGCGCUAAUUCCAAGAAAUACUGGUUCGAAUUGAAAAAUUAUUUUUGUGUUGAAUAGACCAUUUAUCGAGGAAAGUUUUAGGCUAUAUCACAUCACGCUGCAACUAUAAAGAGCAAAGAAAUAAUGGAUAAUAUGAAAAAACCGGUAAAAUUGAUGCCCAAAAUAACUAUUCCAAAGUAGUAUGCAGAGAUCUUGGCAAGUGGAAAGAGGUAGUCUCUGCCUACCCCUCCAGGAAAGAAGCGUGAUUUUAUGUAUGUAUGUAUAACUAUUCCACGCCGACGGAGUCGCGGGCACAGCUAGUACUUUAGUAAAAUUGUAUUGUUUAUACUUGCCCCAUACUAGUUUUGUGUUCCAUUGCUACUAUACAAAAUAUGGUCACAAAACCUAAUUAAGUUAUUACAUUUGUGUAAUAAGGGCUGUUUAUAUUAUGUAUCAUAUUUUUUCUAAGAAAAAGGUAUAUGUGGAUAUAUUAUUAGUAAAUAUAUAGAGAGUUAUACAUUCACUUAAAGAAACAUUCCUUAUUUAUGAUAUACUUACUUUGUAAUUUUGUUUGAUCAAAAUUCAAAAACUUGUGAUUAAAAUAAACGUAUUAAUUUAAAUUAAGUAUAUCAAUUCUAACUAAAUAUGUAGAAGUAUUUGAACAAAAAACCUUUUUAAUGACUUUAAAGUUAUUGCCUAAUACCUAGCUAUUAUUUUGAAACCAAAGUACCUACACUUAAUUGUCAUACGUAAUUUUUAUUUACUAUUUUUAAUCGAAUACUAGGUAUUUGAAUUAUAUAAAGUGCCUUAUUUUUGUA